AUGCUAACCGUCACUGAGGACAAGAUUCCCGUCCCCCUUAUUCCUGACACCGAGUUGUGUGAUGUUCGAAUCGGAGCGACAGAUCCGGCGCUUUUUUUUUGCAUCAACGUAGAGACUCCGUGUCAGGUGACGAUUGAGUUUCAGGAGUUUAACAGUGCCGCACGGUGUGUGGUGCUACUCAGUCCGACCGAUCCCCGGCCGAACAUCUAUACCGCCGUCUGGAAGUGCCUCUCUCCUGAGCAAAAUAAGACAGUCACCAUAUUACCAGCAGAUCCCUCUUACCAUGUGGGAGUGUUUUACCUUGCUGUACGUUAUGUAGAGAAAAGUGGAAAUAGUUUUAUUCGCCUCAAGUUGACCCUGCAGGAGCAAUAUGAGGGAGAGUGGUAUUCGAACGCAAAUGGUGCUUUGUACUACGGGAUGUGGUCCGGUUUCUCAUACCAUGGCCGUGGACGGUGCAUUUACGGUGUAUCAUCGAAACUGAUGGAGUGUGGAACGCUCAAGUGGAGUGGGAGGAGCCUGUGGAAGCAGAGUGAAUUCUCGUCCUGGCAGGUGGAGGCUGCGCCACUGUUAGAGGGCGCGAAACUAGAUCUUAGUUGCAAGGACGUAGGAUGGUCUAUUCUUCAACUGCCCGCGCCUACACUGGAGGUGUACGAUGGGGAGUGGGUACAUGGGAAAAAGGAGGGGCUUGGGGUCUAUCAGUGGGCCGACAGAGCGUAUUGGGGCAUGUGGAAGAACGGUAAACGAGAAGGCGAGGGUGUGAUGUGUACCUGCGAUGGAUAUCGCUACGAAGGCGAGUGGCUGAACGAUAAAAAAGGUGGAGUGGGGAGUGCCGUUUACCCGGAUGGAACACAGUACCAUGGUGGGUGGAGCGAGGACAUGCGAUCUGGUGAGGGUGUAUUUACGUACGCAAACGGGGUGGUUAUUUGUGGCACAUGGACUAAGGACGCGUUAAGUUCAACGGUGAGGGCAACAUACAGCGAUGGAUCUUCUUACAUCGGUGAGUGGAGCUAUGACUGUCGUCAUGGUAAGGGACGCUACGUAGAUGCUGCUGGAAACUCCUUUGAGGGAAUGUGGGCCAUGGAUAAGCGUGCAGGAAGUGGGACAUUGACCUUUAUCAAUGGUGUAGUGUGUGUUGCCGUCUGGGAGGACGAUGUCCGCAAAGGUGGUACUUUUACGUUUCCUAAUGGAGAAGUGUAUGUUGGAGACUGGGACGAAGAAGCAUGCCUCCGUGAGGGACAAGGGCAAUGCACAUAUCCAAUAGGCGAUGUCUAUGAGGGGAGCUGGAAAAAUGAUGAACGACACGGCUUUGGUAAGUUUAUUCAAUUGGAUGGGAACCGUGUUUACGAAGGGGAAUGGAAGGAGGGGAAGCGACAUGGUAUUGGUACGCAGGAAACUGAGGAAGGUAUCUAUCAAGGGGAGUUUCAAGACGAUGUGCGUUGUGGACAUGGGUUACACAUGGGUCGUAGAGACUCUAUGUACCGAGGCACUUGGAAGGAUGACGCUCGUGUUGGUCCCGGAAUCAGCUUUGAUUCAAAGAAGGGAACAAUUUAUCAAGGACUUUUUUUGCUUGGUAAGUUGCAAAGUGUUGGCACGUCUCGAUCGGAGAAGGAUAUGUAUGAGGGGACGUGGUGCGAUGGUGAGCGGCACGGUGUAGGUGUGAGUACGCUUCCUAACGGCGAUGUUGUGCGCUGCGUGUGGCACCACGGUGUUCCUCAAGAAGGGCAGGUUCUCUACAAAUACCGCGACGGUGACACAUACGAGGGGGAAUGGAAAAAUGGGUUACGUUGUGGGAAGGGUACACAGACCUACGCUGACGGAUCCAUUUACGCCGGCGAAUGGUUUGAAGGCAAGCCUCACGGCCAUGGAUCGUACACUGACGCCCGGGGUGAGGUGUUGGUGGGAGUCUGGGCCGAAGGGGAACGCUUGGAUGCGCAGGGGUGUGUGCACUUUGCAGAUGGCAGCGUGUAUGAAGGCGACCUGUGUAGUGGCAGGCCGCAUGGGAACGGGCGUCUUAGUUAUCCCGAUGGGACCAGCUUUGAGGGUCGAUUUCGUGACGGCGUCUAUCUGUUGUAA